AUGAUUUACUUCCUGGACACGAACCCGCGGUCGGAAUCCUGGGCCGGCUUUGCCUUGUCCUGCAUGCGAUACAAUUCCUACCCCGCAAUCCUGCAGACCGCGAUCCGACAAGUGUUCUACUGGGCCACCGCGACGAUCAAGAUUGAGAAGUGCGAGGUCAUUCCUUUCGCACUGUUUGACGUGUUGGACGGAAACACACCGGAGGAUUACGUGGCACGGGUGGAGCCCAGCGAGACCGGGGGAAGGAAAAUGGCAAAAGCUCUCGUGGAAAAAUUGUAUCCGGAGAUGAGAGGCGAAAAAAGCGAGACUAGCAUGAUCACUCAAGAUUCUGAGCACGAGGACGCAGAUUCUCAACAGAACACACUGGCAACCGCAUUGGGCGCUCCAACGCCACAGUUCAUGACAAGGAGCAGCAGUGUCAAUGAUGAUGUUGAAAAAACGCAGUUUAUUCAGCCCCCUGGCAUGGGUUCUUGACAAACGAU